AUUUAAACGUAUAUAUCCUUAACUAUUCUGAAGAUUUAACCUAACUUUGGUUUGUUUAGAAUGCUCAAGAUCUUCAAAGAAGCGAUGUUCCUUUGUAUCGAUUAGAAGCUAUUGAUUUUGGGAGAAGAAUGACAGUUGAAAGAGAAAUUGAAAAAACAGAAAAUGUCCCACAGCCAAAUGCACUAUUUGAUGAAAGCUCUAAUUUCAUUAUUUAUCCAACUCUCCUUGGUAUUAAAAUUGUAAAUCUGCACACAAACAAAGUUUCCAGAAUAUUAGGGAAGGUGGAAAAUAAUGACAGGUUUUUAAGAAUUGCUUUGUAUCAAGGUGAUCAAAGCAGUAAAAAAGUGCGAAAAAUUCCUGCUGCUGCUGUAAAUGUGAAUGAAAGCAAAGAUCCCAUGACAGAUCCUACUUUGUUAUGCUGUGCUUUUAAGAAACACAGAAUCUAUUUGUUCAGCCGAAGAGAACCAGAGGAACCUGAUGAUGCAACCAAGGGUAGGGAUGUCUUUAAGGAAAAGCCUCCUCCUGAUGAACUUAUGGCUGCAUCAGAUAUUGGAAAGUCUGUUACAACAUCUCUUCCAGAAAAUGUGCUCUAG